AAAAAAAAAAAAAUUUAUUUAGAUAACUUGUCUAAUUCCAAUUAUAAAUAAUGGAUGUUUCAAUUCCUAUUAAUCAACCAGAAAAUAAACCCAAAAAUUGGAAUAAAAUAAUAAUUUCAUUAAAAAGUCCAAAGAACAUUAUUACUUUAAUUGUAAUGCUUAUAAUUUGUAUAACUGGUGCAGCUUUAGUAUUAAUUUUACUUGAUUGGAUUAAACUUGGAGAUACAAAGAAAGCAUUUUGGGUCGAAAUUUUUUCUCAAAUUCUCAACGGGAUUUUUACCGCUCUCUCAUUAUUAUCAUUUCAUACACGUAUAAUUCCAUUCAUAAUAAUAUUACAACUUUUAUUUAAAAGCAAAAAUAACGACUAUAUUAAAAAACAAAAAUCAAUAAAAAAAUAUGCUAAUUGGUAUAAUGAACAAUAUGAUUCGUUAUCAUUCUUAUUAUUAGUAUAUGUAAUGUGGAUUUUAAAUAUAUUAUCUCAAGCCUCUCUUACUACUUUAAUGUGGGGUUUCUCAUCAUAUGAUAAAAAUGGAAUCAUUGUUUUCUCAAUGAUAACUCCAAAACCUCGAUCAAUUAUGUUAGUAUUUAUUUCUCUUGGUAUUGCACUAUCUAGUUCAAUGUUUGCUAGCGGUUUGAUUGGAUAUAAAUUAUAUAAAAAGAAUCAAUUACAAAAACUUAAAAAUUCAGAAUCUUCAAUUAAUAUAUAAAUUAUAAUAACUACAAUACUCUUUUUAAUUUUACUUUUUUUUAUUGUUAACUGUAUAUUACCUGGA